AUGGGGGAACCAUUACCCAGGUUCCCAAAUCUAACCAUCGAAUCCCCAGCAACAGCACCAGGAGUCCACGUCAUCGUGUUGAACAAACCAGCCGAGAACCGCCUGAAUGUAGCCUUCGCGCAGACCAUCAUUUCUGCGCUCCGCUACAUCGAGACGAAGCUGAUGAAACCAGACUCGCCCGGGGCCGUGAUCAUCUCCAGCUUCUCGGACAAGUUCUGGUGUACAGGGCUGGAGCUGGACGAGUCCGACAACAAUGUCUACGCCAACGCGGACGGGUUUUACCCCUUGCUGGCCACGCUUGUCGACUAUCCCUACCCGACCAUUGCCUUGAUCACUGGCCAUACAUUCGGCGGGGCCUGUCCAUUCAGUUUAUCGUGUGACUACAGAAUCAUGAAUAGCAAGCGUGGCUUCAUCAGCAUGCCGCCCGUGAAUCUGGGACUGCAUUUCGAUGGUAUUGGCGCCCUGCCGAGGCUGAAGUUACAUCCGCAGAUUGCAAGGAAAAUGCUGCUUGAGGCGCACAAGUGGACCAGCAAGGAAGCUCUCAAGGACGGGAUUGUCGAUGAGAUCGUCGAACCGGAGAAGAUGAGAGAGCGAGCCAUCGAAUUUGCAAAGACGAUCGCGCCUCGCGCAAGCAUGGGUGUGUAUGGGUUGCUGCGCUCGGAGCUAUGGGGCGAGGCUUUGGAUAAGUUCAAGGCCAUAAGCUAUGUCCACCGCAAGAGGGUGGGAACCGCGCCUAAGGCUAAGAUAUAG